AUGAAUUCUCCUUCUACCGCAAAGUCCAGGGCGGCACAUGAGCGCGCUGCAAGCUAUAACAACCCAAACGGCAGGCCAGGCGCCUCCGCCCGCGUUCAUGGAAGAACAACGUCCAGACAAGAAUCACCUUUUUCGCGCGAAACCACUCCAAUAGCUGAUGGGCGUCCUGCUAUAAAGCCCAUUAAUAAGAGCCAUGUUACCACGAGCGAGAUUCGCACGGAGAGAACAAGUGUGGUAACAAGGGACAAGAUCCAUACCAAAAGACCCGCCAAAGAGAGUGUUGCGCCUGGCAGCCCGAGGGAUUGGGAUAAGAAUCGCAUAAAGAAGGACCAGCAUAGAAGUAGCUCGAUAGCUAUGGUGGCAGAGAAACCGCAAGCUGAAGUACCAUGGAAUCCAACGGUAUCACUCAUUCCUCACUCCGCUGCACCCCUCGCCUGCCGCGUUUCCAUCCCGCCAUUGUUCUCGGAGGUACCUCAGUAUCUUCGCCCAGGAUCUCUUCGAGAUAUCUCCUUGGAUGCGCAAGAAGCGGCGAUACUACAAGACCUGCUGUUUGUGUUUAUGGGAUAUGAGGGCCAGUACAUACACUAUGCAAAUACCUACAACCCAUCUAUAGAAACAGAUCGCCUAGUGGGGCCUUCCUUUCAAAUCAUGCCUGGCCUCGAUCCAAGUUUGCGAGACUUAACGAUGGCUAUGUUAAAAAUGGCUACACACUACAGCGCAAUGGAAGCAUUUGUAGAAGUGCAGAGCAGAUCGGAAUUUGGCGCAGUGAAUCACGCGUUAUGUGCGGCAAUAAGGAAGCUUUUGAAGGACUAUUUGAUCAUGGUGGCCCAAUUGGAGACUCAAUAUAUCAAUAACCCAAAUUUCACAUUACACGUCAUGCACCUCCAUACCAUGCCUACGAGCCAGACACUAGCCCAGCUUUACUCCCUUGGGCAGGAACUCUUGAAGAAAAACUCGCUCUUGGCGCAAGAUCCAGACGAAUCAAUUGACGAUUUUGAUGAUGUUGAUAAUAUCCUAGAACAACUACGGGAGGGAGGGGAAUUAGCACCAGGGAGCAUGUCAAGCAAGAAGCUCUGCAAGGGAGGUAAUGUACUCGGCCUUAUAAGCCAACGCCUUGCAACGUUCUCGGGUGACCCGGCCACUGGUGUAUUAUUACAAACCCUACUACGAGAGGCCAGCCGGCCGUACAUGGCCAUGCUAAACGAGUGGUUGCACCAUGGUGGGAUAAGAGAUCCUCACGCUGAGUUUCUUGUCAAGGAGCAAAAGGGUAUCAAACGUGACAAACUCGAAGAAGACUAUACCGAUGAGUACUGGGAAAAGCGAUACACAAUCCGUGAUAAUGAGGUCCCUCCGCAACUUGAUGCCGUUAGAGACAAAGUCCUGUUGGCAGGAAAAUAUUUAAAUGUUGUCAGGGAGUGUGGAGGCAUUGAUAUCAGCAAGGAGGUAAAAGACGUUCCCAAAACGUUCGAUGACCCACGCUUCCUCGAUAACAUAAAUGGAGCAUAUGCGCACGCAAAUGCAUCACUUCUACACCUUCUAUUAACCAAGAAUUCUCUAACCACCCGAUUCCGCUCGCUGAAACAUUAUUUCUUCCUCGAUCGUUCUGACUUCUUCUCAUACUUCCUUGAACUUGGUACCUCCGAACUUCGAAAGCCGGCGAAACAUGUUAAUGAAGGAAAACUCCAAUCUCUUCUAGAUAUAGUAUUAAGACAACCGGGAAGCAUUGCUGCUCAAGAUCCAUUCAAAGAAGAUGUUAAAGUUAGGAUGAAUCAAAUGGGGCUCACAAAAUGGCUGAUGCGUGUUGUAAGCGUGUCUGGGAUCGAUCAAGAUAACCCUGAGGGUGCGAUAGAAAAAUAUCAAACCCCUGCUCCCCAGACAUCCGAGAACGAAAAGGACAUUAUAGGAUUUGAUGCUCUUGAGCUCGAUUACCUCGUGCCGUUUCCACUUUCUCUUGUGAUCAGCCGCAAGACUGUUCUCCGCUAUCAACUCGUGUUCCGACACCUUCUAUCCCUCAGGCAUCUUGAGACGUUACUUGUUAACUCAUGGCAGGAUCAUAAUAAAUCUAUCAGCUGGAAACAUAAAUCUUCUGACCGAAAGGUCGAACUUUGGAAAAGGAGAGCAUGGACUCUUCGCGCUAAGAUGCUCGUCUUCGUGCAACAGUUGCUUUACUUUUGCACUGCAGAGGUGAUGGAACCAAACUGGCAGAUAUUGAUGAAUAGAGUCAAUGGUGACGGUACUGAAGCCACUGAGGUGACUGUAAACGGGACAAAACAAGUCAAUAGAACUGUGGACGAAUUAAUGCAAGACCAUGUCGACUUUCUCGACACCUGUUUGAAGGAAUGCAUGCUUACUCAAGGGAAGCUGUUGAAGAUCCACUCCAAACUCAUGACCUGCUGCACUAUGUUUGCAUCCUGGUCUGCGUCGUCACUGUCUCGCAGCCUUGCAUCGGCGGACCCAGAUUUGUCUGGGUCUAUGGACUCCUCGAAAACUUACGACCCCCUAAGGCUUGCCAAACUAGAGGACACUCUUAAGCGCUAUGAGGAUCAUUUUAAUCGACACUUGAGGAUUCUGAUGGAUAGUCUUAACUACUUCGCUGCUACGGAGAGCGGAAAGAAGAAUGAUGAUGAUGACGGUGAUGAUGAUGUAUUCUACGACUAA